ACCUAAUUACCUAUGUAUAAUCAGGAUGAUGAUGUUUCUCGACAACGCGUUGUGCACGAAUGAAAAUAGGCUAGAAAUAAUCUAAUCAGUAAUACAACCAAUAUUUCAUAUGUGAUAAACGCGAUAUACACUCGUAUGUACCUAAUUUGAAUUCUAAAAUGCGUUCAGUUUUCAUUCUUGUUCUCAACAUUUUACUUCACUGCAGCGGAUGUGCUUCGACAAAAAAAGUUAUUUUCAUAUAUGAUAAAGUGAAUACGACCGACUACGAUGUAGAUUGGUUAACAGGAAAAGUGCAAAAUCUUUCCACAAUAUGUUCAAACGCGGGUUUAGAUUACCAAUUUGAAUCAUCAUUUCCCUACAAAUCAUCGAAUUUUGCAACUUCCCAAACCGAUUCCAGAAUCGAAGGCGAAUCAACAUUGAAAAAUCUUCUGCAAUGGUUGAAACAAUCUCCUCCAUAUUCUGUAAGCUAUGUCAUGACGAAUGCUACUACGCCCAGAGAUGAGACCUCAGUUAAUGAGAUUUUGGAAGAAAUACAAAUCAAGAGAACAGAGGUUAACUUUCUCAUUGGAACGGAGUAUUCUCUCAAAAAAGAUACAGAUACCGACUCCCUCAACAAAUAUGGACCAAUUACGUAUACCAGCAACGGGUACAUAAUGGGUCCGGAAUCAUUUCAAUCCGAUAAGUUUAUAGAAUCGAUGCAUCUGAGGUUGACUGCGGUUUCUGUGAUGAUAAUAGUACAACCGGUAGCUUUACUCAAAGAUGACAAAACGUAUUGCAUAGACCUCCAGUCAUGUUCCGAAGCAGCACAGAGAGCCAUGUUUGACACUAAACUCGAUUUAAACGAAUAUGAACUCUAUGCAAAAAACUUCAAUCGAGACGAAGUAAACCUAAUGGAAUGGAAAAUGUCAGUGGAAUAUACUACCGAGUCGUGCGACUACUUUCAUAAAGAAUCCAUGCCACUAAUCUCGGGUAGAGCGGUUACCAGAGGGCUCACCAGCAGUCAGUUCGAGUUCGAUUACGGGUUUUCCACAAAAAACGUCCGUUCUUUGAGUGAGACGUACAGAAGACCGAUAAACGGAAGAUGGAACAAAAUCUACGUAUCAGCGAUCGACAAAAGUUUCCAUCACGAAUUCGUGAAUUUCCAGAUGGUUUUUUUGAAUGUUAGUAAAUUUGAAAGAUCUGUUAAAUUUGGAGAAGAAAUCCCUUUGCAACCACUACCUGGAACGGAUUUGUUUGUAGGUUCAUUCUGUUGUGCACCACCACCUUCGCAAUAUUUUUUCAUAAAAGUAAAGAUUCAUGCAAACCAAGAUGAAUAUACUCGACUUUCAUCCACUGCUAUGACUGUCGCAGAAGGGUUUGGAGAUGAACACCGUAAUCCGAUGUUUGAACGAAACCCAGGAUUUAGAACCACGCCAGCAUGCCCAUGCAGCACAUCAAAAGACAACGAAAGAAGUUAUAUCGGCAUGUUAUUCUCGAACGAUAACAUAUUAUCCAUUUGUAUCGGCGGUUUGUUAUGGCUUCUCUUCUGUUGGAAAUUUCGAAUUUAGGUGCUUGGAGCGCGAUAAGAAAACGCUGAAACUUUUAUAUUUUUUUUUGUCCUUUCAACAAACGCUUUAAUGCAGUUGUCCUGUUCGAGAAUGCAAACAAAUCGAUCCUUGGCAAAUAAGAAGAGCCGUAGAGAGAAAUAUGCGAAAUUAUUCAUAAUUUCUUCCAGAAACAUUAAAUUGCUGUGGAAAAUGGAAAGGCCAAAAAUGAACUUAAGUGCUACUAACUUUGAUUGGUUUUUAUCGAACACUCUCUCGACCAUUUACCUCAGUUACCUUAUUUCGAAAGUACGAAAGUAAAUUUCUAAGCAGCUUGAUUUUCAAACGAUUUAAAAAAAUCAAUGGUCCAAUUCGUCCUAAAUGUGGACUCAUCUUCGAGAAAAAAAUAAUUUAUUAUACAAGUUCCGAAAUAAUUUAAGAGCACAGGUCGCGUAUUCGUAAGCAGUAAGAAUAGAUAAGAAUGUAACGAAUUAAGUAAUUUUUAUUUAUUAGAUUAAUUUUAGACCAAUAUUAUACUAUCGGUCCAUCUGUAAGACGCAACUGUAAAUUU